UGACAGAGGACAGAGGACUCUCUCUGCCUUAGCUUCCUCAGGCUUGGCCUGACUCUGGGGCUGGUUCUGGGGUAAGGGAGGCAGGGGAAAGAUAAAGAGUUAAGCCUGAGGCAUCAGAGGAGAGAAGGUUAAGAGCUCCCAGCUUCUAGCUGCUCUCCUCCCAUAGAACUUCUCCAGCAGAAACCCGCAGGGAAUUCCCGCAGGCCCAGAACUACAUUUAUCAAGCCUUCUGUGAGGAAGUAAGAGGAGACACUCUUCAAAACCACAGCUCCUAAUGGGUGGUGGGGUGGGUCCACCCGGAGACUAAAGCAGAGAAAGAAAGAAGCAGAGGAUAAGCCUGUACCCAAGAAGGCAGAAGGUCCUAGCAUCCUUACUGCUAAGCAGGUAGAUGGUCUGGGAAGGCCCUGCAUUCGGGGAAUGAGCAGAACUGAAGGUCACCAACCCACCUCUUCUGCUUUCCUCAUAAUACCAUCAAGCCACCUGCCCUGCAGAUUUUUUGGAGGCUACUCUUCGGAGAUACAGAAUUGGCAUCGCCAUCUCCUCGGCUUCUAACAGAGGAAGAUGGCUCUUUUUUCUCUCUUAAAAAUCCUGAUGUUUCUUUUUAACAGCAUCAUAUUUUUUGGGGGAUUGGGACUACUGGGCAUUGGCUUGUGUUUGAAAAUAGAUGGAAGCUCCUUCACGGACUUUCUGGGAGCUUCUGUCUCACCUUUCACCCAGCUGGUGGUGAUCAGGUAUCUCUGCAUCGGCAUCGGAAGCAUCCUCUCACUCCUGGGAGUCCUGGGCUGCUGGGGAGCCAUAAGGGAAAACAAGAGCUUGCUGUUGCUGUUCUUCAUCAUCAUAUUGCUCCUCUUCCUGGUCAAGAUGGCGAGUGCUAUGAUCAUCCUGGUGUUCUCCUCAAUUGCAAACGUGCUCUUUGUACACAUUGAUUCUUGGGCGGUCGGCACACUACGAGAAUCCUAUGGCCAGGAAGAUGACAUCACCAAAAUGUGGAAUACCACCAUGGAGGAGUUGCACUGCUGUGGAUUCCGCAACUACACUGAUUUCAAUGGUUCUAAAUACCAGAACCAAAGUGGUGGCUACUAUCCUGUCUUUUGCUGCAAAGGAAAUCUUCCUUGCCAGGAGGCUGGCAUUGAUAGUGAGAAGAAGGGAUGUUUACAGGAACUGAAGGACUCCCUGGAAAAGAAUGGAAAGUUGAUUGGAGGUGUUGGGUUGGGAAUUUUGGUCUUUGAGGUGGCAGCCAUGGUGGUCUCCAUGAUCCUGUUUUUCAAAAUUGAUGACAUUUCAUAUGACUGACAUCUCUGCUGGUACUUCCUCCCUCCCACUGCAUGAAAAAUGCUACUUUGUAUUAAUAAAUAAUGCUAAGUAUUCAGCUUGGAGCAGCAGAGCUAAAGAAUGGGUACCAUGCAUUUCUUUUCACCAGAUAAUGGAUGUUGAUGGGGAUCUGGUAUCCAUUCUGUAUAACUUGAAAAUUGUAAGGGUCUACUUUUACUAAGAGUUAUUAACAUCAUUUAAACAUCAUUUCCUUAAACACACACACACACACACACACACACACCCCAAUUUAAUGGAGCUGUCCCAAACAUUCCCUUGGAUUAGAACGUGUUCUUGGUUGCCUUUUCUUUGGACUUCUGGAAAGUUUAAAGUUUUGUAAAGGAAUAUUAGCGGGUGCUG